AUGUCAGACGAGGGUGCCUCCCCCCGCGAACUCAUCGUCGAAGCCUGUCGCCGCGACCAACCCCACCUGAUAGAGCAAGUCCUCAACUCCCUGGAAGGAAAGUCAAACGAGGAGGUCGCCGAGUUCUUCAACGGGGUCACGGACUCUAUGGGAAACCAUGCCCUUCACAUUUGCGCUCAGUACGGAAGCUAUGAAACAAUGGAUCACCUCUUCGACAUCCAAUUCUUCGAAUGCGAUCCGCUCACUCGGCUAGACAAUGACACACCCUUGCACGUGGCCGUCCGAUUCGCGAACGAAAAGGACGCCGAGCUAGGAAAGGAGAUGAUCGAGAUGAUGUGCGAAGCCGGGUGCGACCCCCGAGUGCGCAACAAGCAUAACCAAAAACCGGCGGACCUUGUCUAUAAUAACCAGGAGAUCAAGGCGGUGCUGGCAAAGGCGGAGUAUGUGCUCUCAGAAGGGCUGAGGAAUGAUGAUGUUGCCGAUGCGGAUGACGCGGGGAGUGCUAGUGAUAGCGAGUAG